AUGGAGUAUCUUAGGCAACAUCCUGAGAAACUAAAUGCGACCUUUGAACAAUUCGACAAUGGGACAGCUCUUCACUUCGUAGUCUCAAACGGGAGGUUUGAAAUUGCAAAAGAGUUGGUGCAGCUAAUGAGCGAGGAAGACUUAGAAAUACUAGACUCUGUUGGUCGAACAGCUCUACAUUUAGCUGUAUUACAUCGAGGAGAUUCCCAUGAAAUAGUUAAGUGCAUGGUUGAAAAGAACAAGAAAUUACUUAGCAUUCGUUUUAACAAUGAUGAAAUUGCAAUUCCAUUUGUCUUGGCGACUAUAGAAGGAAGGGUAGCAAUGUCUCAGUAUCUCUAUUCUGCCUCUCCACUGGAAACUCUGGAGGACCGUGCCUAUGCAGGUGUAGUUAUGUCUGCGUGUGUGGUGAAAAGCCGAUUUGAUAUUCUAUUGGAUUUAGUUCAAUGUCAUCUGAAGGCGGCUUUUAUUGAAAACAAAUCGAAAGUAAGCCCUUUUUCGCUUUUGGCUGGUAUGCGUUCUUUUUUCUUAAGUGCAAGCAAGCUCAAAUUCUGGGAACGAUGGAUUUAUGACGGUAUGCAUAUACCACCUACUCCUACUAUCGAUGCAGAAAAAGAACCUACUAUCGAUGCCUUUAACGAUGCUCGUACUAAUGCUCAAAAACUAGAAGGUGAUCAAGCUAAUCAAAGGCAUCUCAUUUGCCUCAUUUGCACACUUACGGGCUUAUUAUUCCGGAAGCUAGUAGUCAUAAAUCUCCUUGAACUUUUGGGAAUCAAUCGGAUAUAUCGAAUGAAAGAGAUCCAUGUCCGCGUCGAUGAAUUUCUACAAUGCGCAAUGAAAACUAUAAAGCUUAAGCGACUGCAAAAUACAAGCGCACAAGUAGCAAUCGCCAUUGCAAUAGAACAAGGGCAUGUUGAGGUCAUUACUCAUAUAUGUAGAGCAAAUCCAAGCCUCAUCCACGACAUCAAAAUUGAACACCUAGAAAGCAGCGUGUUUCAACUUGCCGUUGAGCACCGUCAAGAAAAAACUUUUAGCCUCAUAUAUAAGUUUGAUAAACAAGACCAACAAUAA